AGGGGCCGGAAGUGAGCGUUGCUGGGGUGCUGAUGUCGGGCUGUGGUGUUUGUGGAGAGAGAGCGCGUCUUGACUGCCGGGACUGAGCAUUUGGAUUCGGCUCCUUCAUUUCCAACAUGGAAGAAACUUACAUCGAUUCCCUGGACCCUGAAAAGCUAUUACAAUGCCCCUAUGACAAAAACCACCAGAUCAGGGCCUGCAGGUUUCCCUAUCAUCUUAUCAAGUGCAGAAAGAAUCAUCCUGAUGUCGCAAACAAAUUGGCUACUUGUCCCUUCAAUGCUCGCCACCAGGUUCCUCGGGCUGAAAUCAGUCAUCAUAUCGCCAGCUGUGAUGACAAAAGUUGCAUCGAGCAGGAUGUUGUCAACCAAACGAGGAACCUUGGACAAGAGACUCUAGCUGAGAGCACAUGGCAGUGCCCUCCUUGUGACGAAGACUGGGAUAAAGAUUUGUGGGAACAAACCACCCCAUUUGUCUGGGGCACAGCCAACUACUGUGGCAACAACAGCUCGGCAAGCAACGUCGUUGCAGAGCACAAGAGUAACCUGGCUUCAGGCGUGCGAGUUCCCAAGUCUCUGCCGUAUGUUCUGCCAUGGAAAAAAAAUGGAAAUGCACAGUAACUGAAUAUCUCAUCAAAUACCAGACUUAAGAAGACUCUUGUUUCUUCCUGCUUCCAGUGGAUUCUUCAUUUUCCUCUUAAUCUAAUGAUAGAAAGAUAAACUGUGACUUUCAAACUGACAAGUACCUUUUUUCCUCCAUUAGAAUCCUCAUUCACUUGAUGCAAGAACCCUCGUAUUCACAAUAACUGUUCCAAGUAAAUUGUCAACUUAGCAAGCCUGAGAGUUUGGUUAAGAAUGCCUGCAGCCCCAAGAUCCAAAAUCAUCUCUUACUCCACUGAGUGAAACAAUGAUUUAAAGUGAUUUUAAGGGACCCAGUUAAAACAAGACAGGAGACAGGUUGCAAACAACUGUUUGUAUUCUCUAACACACAGAGAACCAGCUCUUCUCUGAAUGCAAAAGAAUGGCCUUUUCUGAUCAGUGCGACUUUACCAACAGAGCCACUAAGUCAGCAAGAGCAUUCAUAGAGCACAAUACCCCAUUCUUGUGUAGGAUAAUUUAGAUUUUUUUGC